GAUUUUAUGAAAUCUCAAGCAAAUACGGAUAAGUCUUUCGGAUAUGAUAUACUGUACGACUGGUUAGGAAAGGGUUUAUUGAUUAACACGUCGACAGACCUAUGGAGACAACGCCGUCGACUCAUUGCACCGGCAUUUCAUAGACAAACACUCGACAACUUUCUGCCCGUAUUUAAUGACUUAAGCCGAGUAUUUGAACAACAAUUACAUCGUUCACUCAAUAAGGGGAGUAUCGAUAUUUGUGAACUUAUUUUCCCCCUAUCAUUAGAUAUUAUUGCAGAAACGGGCAUGGGAAUAAAACUAAAUGCCCAAGGUAACAAACACCGGGAUUAUAUCAAUGCCAUACAACAUAUUGGUAAAAUAAUGGAGUAUCGAUUUUUGAAUCCACUUUUAUGGCCCGACUGUACAUUUAAAUUGUCCGAAACUGGUAAACAGUUUAAACAAUGUUAUAAUAUCUCACACUCACUGACACAUCGGGUUAUUAGUGAUCGAAAGCGGGUUAUGAUUGAAAAUAAGGGAUUUCACGGUUCGGACGCUAGCGAUGGUCAUAAUGAGGGAAAACCUGGUAAACGACUGGCCUUUUUAGACCUACUAUUAGCGCAUCAUUUGAGUGAUAAUAAUAGUCUAUCACUGGAGGACAUCCGGGAAGAAGUGGACACUUUUAUGUUUGCCGGACACGACACAACAGCCUGCUGUUUAUCGUGGACUAUUUACUUUCUUGGUUUAUAUCCGAAAAUUCAGGGUCGCAUUCACGAAGAAUUAGACGAAAUCUUUGACGACAAUUGCGAUAUUAAUGCCGAAAACAUUACUAAAUUACGUUAUUUAGAGGCAGUAAUUAAAGAGUCGUUGCGAUUGCGAUCACCGGUGCCCACAAUUAUGCGUACCCUAACACAGGAUAUACAACUCGGUCCAUAUACUAUACCAUCCGGGUUCGGGUUGGGUUCGGGUUUGAAAUUUGGAUCUAGGGUUCGGGUCGGGUUCGGGUCGAGUUGGUUUGGGUUCGGGCUGGGUCGGGUCGAAGAAUUUGUCGACAUUUCGGUCACUAAAUUGCAUCACGAUCCAGAUAUAUACCCUAAGCCCCUGAAGUUUAUUCCAGAUAGAUGGCUAUCAUCUGAACAUGGUGGUAAUAAAGCAGCUAGCUUUAUGCCGUUUUCGUUGGGCGCCCGCGACUGUAUUGGCCAGAGGUUUGCUAUGAAUGAGCUGAAAGUGGUUUUGGGCCGAGUCUUACAUCGCUAUGCCUUCCGAUCACUCGAACCCAUAGACAAAGUGAUUGAAUAUCACGCUAUGGUUAAGAAACCUAAAUAUGUACAAACAAGGAUCACACAGCGAUGCUAUACGUUAACCACUAUUCGGGUGAUUCUCAAAGAAUAG